CUAACAGCAAAGGAAUGGCCAAUGAUAUCCUCGGAUGUUGGGAUGUGGUGCCGUCUCCUAGACAAGUUAGUUGCUACAGCAGCAUCAGCGACCGACACAGACAAGAGAGAUGGAGGACUUUGAAGAUGUGGAAGAGGCUCCGCCCUCCAACGAAGAGCUGAUCCCCUGUCAAAUCUGUGGAAGGAGCUUCUUCACUAAAGUCCUGAAGAAACAUACCCCAAUCUGUCAGAAAGCAGCAGCUAAGAAGAGGAAGGUGUUUGACUCUGGCAGGCAGAGAGCUGAGGGAACAGAGAUCUCCACUAUCAAACCGAUCAAAUCUAAGUCACACACUUCUACCACCACUGCUAAGACUGUGAAACCGGAGCCUCCUAAGAAGCAGUCUAACUGGCGCAGGAAACACGAGGACUUCAUUGCCACCAUCAGAGCUGCCAAGGGCAUCACUCAGGUCAUGAAGGAUGGGGGACCCUUACCCCCUCCUCCACCACCCUCCUACGACCCAGAUUAUAUCCAGUGUCCAUUCUGCGAGCGGCGGUUCAGUGAGAAUGCAGCAGACAGACACAUGAAAUUCUGUAAGGAGCAGCACGCUCGCAUGCAGAAUAAGGCCAAGGUACCCGGGGUUGUGGACGCCAAGAAAACACCUGCACGCACACAGUUCAAGCCUCCUGCUCCUGUGAAGAAGGCCAACUCUCCUGCUGUGUCCGCUGUGCCCUCUUCCUCCCGUUUACCCCAGAGAUCUGUCCUGGGCCAGCCCUCCGGGAUUUCAUCCAGUAAGGUUCCCUCUGCAGGAUCAGUGAGGAGUGCUCCGUCUGGUUACUCUCCUAACCGCAGCGCCACUUCUGGCCUCACUAGUCCACCUUCAGGUGUUGGAGGUAAGCCCCGUGCAGUAGGUUCCUAUGGCUCUGUGAAAAUCUCUCAGACAGCAGGGGGACUCAACAACAGGAAAGCCUACAACACAGACAAAUACAACUCCAGGAGCGAUGGCAAAAGUGAAAACAUGGAUAAUGGGGGAAUGAUGACAAAGUUCUGCCACGAGUGUGGAACACAGUACCCUGUAGACUGGGCCAAGUUCUGCUGUGAGUGUGGGGUCCGUAGGAUGUGUAUUUAAAGGAGGAGAGUGAGGGAUAGAGGUGAGAGAUAGAGGAGGAGGAGAAGAGAGAGGGAGAGAGAAAGGAGUAGGAGGAUAGAGAAAAGGGGGAAAGAUAGGUGGAUAGGAAGGAAAUAGGAAAUUAAAUUAAAUAAGGGCAGGUCACUGGAACCCUGGGCCAUGAUGCUGUUAUGACACUUACCUAGUUAAAAUAGUACACGGCAAGCAGGAGUCCCCCCCCCCCCCCCCCCCCUGAUAUCAGCUCUCAUAACUGUUAAUGUCAUUAUUAUGACAGUGUUAUGUAGGCUUUACUACAGAAGACUCGAGCACAUAAUUACCCCAAAUGUCCACCCUAACCCAUUCUUAUCCCAACCACUGCCUAUGUACCACGAUCUACAAGCCCUCUCCAGUAUAACGCUAGGUAGAAACACACUCAUCCCAUCUACUCCCUCCCACCCAUUUCUCUCCUGACUCAUAUAUUCAAUGUAUUACUAUUGAAGUGCAAUAUGAUUGACUACUGAUUUUAAAAAAGGAGUUUAAUUCUUGAAGAUGAAUGGAAUGUGUGACGUGGCAAAGUGGACUCAUUCUUUUCAUUGAGUCAUGAGUAGAAUUAAUGUUAAGUAUUUGGAAAAUAAUACACAUGGGUUUUACAGGGACCAGUAAGAGCAGGUUGGCCUUUUAUUGUUCUGAAUCUUGUCCUGGAGGCAGAACUGAGGUUGUGUCUACACUUGACAAUUUCAUGCGACUUCUGCUGUCAGAAUACGAAGAUCGCAUUGAGAAGACGGGUCUAGACGCACAAAAGGCGCUUUGUGGUCUAAUUGUGUUCACAUCUGAAGUGGUCAGGGAUGCAUUGGGUGUGGGCAACAUCAUCAGCACUCCUCCACCAAAUCCCCAGAAAACGUGUGUUUUGGGACAGAGAGGCAACUUUUCAUUAUAACGUAGGAGGGAAUACGUUCUUAGUGUGAGAGGAACGUAUUUUCUGGCUUCAAAUGGUAGCCAACUAGCUAAUAUUUAGAAAAACAUUUUUGUUUGGCUAGAGUUAUCCCGUUUGCAAUCCCUUUAGUGUUGCUCACUAUCUUGCUGGCUAGCUACAGAGGUUAGCUAGCUAAGUUAGCUACAGUAGUUAUUAUCAUAUUUUGCCUAUACCACCGUUUGUAGAAUGCAUACUGUCAUUUGAAUAUGGUGUGAAAAAAAGGGAAUCCGGACACACUGUGGACAUGGUAGACACAUUUAAAUGUAGGUGUAGACACAUGACCUGAUCAGAAUACAAAAGCUGCAUGAACUGUCAAGUCUAGACACAGCCCGAGUGAUUUCCCCUUAGGACAGAUUGCAAUGUCAAAAUUGUCUAUAUUGUAAAAAUUCAUGAAAACAAGAAUGAGCUUUUUGGUCUUCAUUUAGGGUUAGGCAUUAGGUUUAGCGGUGUGGUUAUGGUGAGGGUAAGGGUUACAGAGCUGCCUCCAGAACAAAAUGUAUGAAGAAAAAACCCUCCACUAACAUGCAGCAUAAGAGGCCAUUGCUGUUUAAAUAGUUGUGGUACAGGUCAGGUUUUUAAAAUGAUUUUAAAGGCAGCCGUUUCAAUACACAGUAUAACAUUUCCGAUACAAUUAUACGAUUACAAGGUGUUAAAAUUGACCAUCAUUCAUAUACUGCUAUUUCCACAUACUGUAUACAAGGAAAUGGGUUCAUUUAUUUCAUCGCUCUGUGUUUGUUUUAACUAAGAAAUCAAAAUGUAUUUUUUUCAUGGUUUUGUGAAAGAUGUUUUCUGUAUCUACCUACAUGUGUUCUGUGUUUCCUUCACUGAGUACGAUUACGUGCACACAGUAAUGUGACUAUUGUGGAUAGUCAGAUUACCUGAUGGCACUCUGAUAAAUGCAGAAAAUCGCCAAUCAAAAUAUCUAUGUUCUAUCACAGUGACCAUGUUAGUUUUGGGAAGCAUAUUUGAUUCUGAGUGCAGACGUAUAACGUUUGUAUGUGAAAACCACUUCUCAAACUCACUUCACUCACAUUAUAGUGGGAGGCUCGCUUAGCUGGUGCCCAACACAUGUGCUGAUCAAAUACACGGCUGGAACACAGAUUAAGGUGUUUACAUGUCCUAAUAAUUUGAAAGAUUACUCAGAAAACCGUAUGCUUACUUAUUUUGACCGUACGCCGAUUUAACAUCAGAGUACGGUGUUUACAUUACUACUGCAUAGUCUGCCAACUGCAAUAGUCUGUUUUAGUAUCGAGUUCUUACUGUGCAUGUAAAUGUACUCUGUGUUAAUUUUGAAUCACUAUUGAAUGGGAUAAUCUGGGAUUUAUGGUACGGGCCGGUACAUGCACGGACCAGUCCUCACCAACAUUGACCAGUCCUCACCAACACUGUCCCUGCAGGUCACAUUCAUCCAGUUACCCAGACCACAUCAAUGAUCUUCAAUCAUGGUCCUGGACCCCACAGGCUGCGCAGGCUUUUGACCCAGCCCGGCACUAACACACCUGUUUCUACUGUUCUUGAUGAGGCUCAUGGUGGUUCAUUUAGCUGAAUCAGUGUGUUAGUGUUGGGCAGGAACAAAAGCCUGCACACACUGCUGCCCACCAGUAAGACUGUAAAGACAUCUACCCAACUCAUGAUAUGGGUAAAUAAUAAUUUUACACUAUAAGGAACUCAUCUAAUUUCAUACAUAUUAAUGUUAUUGUAGUCAUCUUUAUAUUGAGCUGUAUCGAAACAUCUUAAUUUGUGUCAUUUUAAAGAACUUGCAAUGACUGUAAAUGCACCCUGAUGCAAGCAUUAUUUAGAUGAUAUGCAAUGCUUACCUGACUGGAUAGGACAUUCCUAUGCUGGAAAUGGACUUUCGGACUUCCUUGCUGAACAUUUAACAAUAAACAUUUCUAAAGAA